UCCAGGCACGCACCCAAACACAAGAACUAUUGAUUACCGCCACCACCGUCGCUUAGCCUUCUGUACUGUAAACCCACCAUAACCUACGACGAAACGACGCCGCACGCCCGGGUUAGGCUUGAUCGUCCUUGUACCUUGACCUAGCGCACAAAUUCCAGCAGCUUAGAAUCGUUUUUACCAAUUGAAGGAAGAGUUAAAUGGAAGGAGAAGACAACGUAUUGGAUGCAGUAUUUGAAGAUGAUGACUUCAUGGAUGGUGGGGAUGUUGAGAUGCUCGAUGUCGAAGAAGGAGAGCUUGUGGAUUUCAAUUCACAAAGUGGGUAUGGUUCGGGGCAGGCAGUGGUAGGCAAUGUCAGUGUAGCAAACCAAGAACGUCAGGGCCCGAAUCAGAAGCCCAAGCCAAAGAAGAAGAAAAAGAAGAACAAGAAGAGGAAUAACGGCCAUUGGACUGCGAGUAUUGGGACUGACAUUGACAGGUUUGUGAUAGAGACAUGUAAGCGACUGAAGGAGAGGAAAUCGUAUUUGGUAUAUACUGCUGUUGGUUGCUUGGGUAUUGCUGCAUUGAGUGAUCUCAUUAAAGAGGUGGAUGCAAUCCAGGCAUGCGGAGGUCAGAUGACUUCUGAUGGCAGACGUUUCCGAUAUGGUGGUGGGAUACUUUGGAAUAUCAUUAAAUCACGCGAACCAAAAGCCUAUAGAGAGAUAAUGAAAAAAGCAAGGGACUUUGAGAAGCAAUUCAAGAAACCAAACAGACCAGCAAUAGAGCAAAGGAAAGAAGGCUCAUCUGCCAAUUCAUCCAAGGACGGUACUCCAGCCGAUGUGCCAGAUGAUUUACCGGUCCUACGUGAAAUGCAGACUCAAGCCAAUCCGUCAAACCCCGAAGUGAAACACGUUUCUGUUCGUGAUAGGUUAAGGUUGCCUGUUUCAUAUGAUGAUGACCUGCUUGGAGGGGAGCCCAAAGACGAUCCACUUAAUUGUUAGAAGAAAUCGAUAUUUUUAUCCGCUAGGAGUUUUUGUUUCUAGAUCUACGGCAACAGGGUCCGGAUCGACAUUGAGUGUACUCCCAGACGAGAGUUUGAUAUGCAGAGAAUUCUCUUUGUUUUUGUUUGCCUGGAGGCCACAGAAUUUUUCUUCCCCUGGGGAAAGAGUUUUACUGAACUGUAUCGGCGUUACGAUAUUGUGAUGACAAGUAAUAUCUCAAAGAAAUUUUGAAGAAUGCUUUUUGCCCCUACGACAAGUCUUCCUCCGAGAUGCGCCACUUGUUUGUGCUGUAUUUGAGGAGGAUCGCUAGCACGCUAGCUUCCUUGUUCUGCGUGUGAGGAGAACGACCUUUGUAUGGAAGUUAAGCAAAUAUUUUGUGUGGGAGUUAAGGAAAUUGCACGACUUUUAUAUGUGAUAUUAACGUUUAUUAUAUUUUGAAACUAUUUUUUUAUUGA